AUAGCCUUAGAAAUUUUUCAUCCACAGAAAAAUUGUGAAAUCUAAUCCAAACUUUAAAAAACGUUCAACGGGAAGUAUAAGGAAAGUAGGGUUUAAGCAUCUUUUUCUUCUAUAUCUCUAUAAGUAGCGAAGUCUUAACACACGUCAUCUCUUAUCCUUCGAUAGAGAUGGUAAACGGCACGAACACUGAGCUAUUCCUCUCUGGAGAAGCAUCGAGCAGCCGCCCAACGAGGCAAAGAGUUCUCUCCAUGGAGAAUGAUGGAGGAACGGCGAGUGGAAAUGAAGUGGAACGAUCAGUGACACUAUUCGAGCUUGAUCUUUUGGACUGUCCCAUUUGCUGCAACAAACUUACGACUCCUAUCUAUCAGUGUGACAAUGGACAUAUAGCAUGUUCUUCUUGCUGUAUUAAAGUGAAGCACAAAUGCCCUUACUGCAGUUUGAGCAUUGGUAUCUACCGAUCUAGAAUAAUGGAAAAAAUUUUGGAAGCAGUCUUCAUCAAAUGCCCAAACGCCAAACAUGGCUGCCCCGAGAAGAUCCCAUACAAAAAAGAAUCAGAAUCAUCCCAUGAGAGGGAAUGCAGCUUCACUCUUUGCUACUGCCCUGAAACAAACUGCAACUACACCGGGGUGUAUAAGGAUCUCUACGGUCAUUACCAUGCUAACCACAAGACUGAUUACACAUUGUUCAAGUGUGGCCAGUACAAUGACGCAUGGCUGCUUUCAUCUAUGAACUCUAAACUCAUAUUUUAAUGGCUUAUCAUUUUACUUAAUGUUGUUUCUUUAAAGUUGUUUCUUUCUCUAACCAUUGAUUACACUUAUACUUCUCUUAGAUUUUAGUCCUCCACGAUAUUAGAGUUGCUCUCUUAUUUUCUCAAGAUGAUAGAACUACCAUGUAUAGUCGGAUUCUUUGGCUAAAUUAGCCCUUCAUUCCUUUGUUGACAAUGUCCUUAUAGGGUUUUGAAAUAAAUUAAGUUGCUGACC